UAAAUUGCUUUUUCUACAUAUUUGGAGCUCUUGAUCUUGUAAAUACUCCAUUUUUGAACUCAACGACUGUAUAAAACGAAUUGAUACGAUUAUUGGUUUAUCAUUGUUCCUCUGCCUUUAGCCUGAAAAGUAUUAACGAUAUGAAGACUUUAGUGGUAUUAGUGUUGGCUCUUGCCUUAAAUGAUGCAUUGGCACUAGACGAUGGGAAAUAUCACCCGGAGAUAUAUGGGGAUAAUGGACAAUAUAAACACAAGAGUGAUAACCGCUUCUAUUACUAUCCAGAUAAAUACAACUACUAUGGAAAGAACAUUUACGAUCCAGCCUACUAUCCCAUUUACUACAAUUCAUUAGCCAAGCCAUUCCAACAUUUGGUCGCGCCAAUCGCAAAAGCAAGCGAAGUACCGCAAGUGGUGGUUACUGCCAGACCCAUUAUCACGACACCAGUUCCAGUAGUUGCAUCUUCGGUUAAAUACGUCCCACUGCAAUACGCUAAAAACCAAAACGAAAACUACGCAAGAAUUGUCACCCAAGAUAGCGACUCAAGCGAAAAUGGAUACCACUACAGGUUCCUAACUGAAAAUGGCAUUGCUGCAGAGGAGACAGGCAGUGUUGCAUCAGCUACCAAUGGUGGAACAAGAGUACAAGGCUUCUACGAGUACGUCGGUGAUGAUGGACGUACAUACAGGGUCGACUACACAGCUGAUGAAAACGGCUUCCAUCCGUCAGGAGCUCAUUUACCUUGAAACAAUUAUUUAUUGAUGUUUUGUUAUACGAAUCGAAAAUUGUCCUUAAUGACGACUGAAUAAAUCAUACAACGAAAAAAUUCGUUUGAA